UUUGAUUCAACCGUCAUCAGUCAGAAAUGUCAGAAAUUUAGUAACAUUUCAUGUUUUCCCAAAUAGUGAAGGUUGUGUGUGUGUUGGGUUGCGAUGUCGGAUAUAGGAAGUGGUGAUGAAGGUUCAAGUUCGCAAAAAUAUCACCAGGGCAUGGAGCAGGGAAGCGAAUAUGAUUCAGGCCAGCAGCAGGUCGAGCAGGAAUUGGCGACCAAAAUGUUGCAGAUCCAAAGCAAACGGUUCUACUUAGACGUCAAACAGAACAGAAGGGGACGGUUCAUUAAAGUCGCCGAGAUCGGCGCCGACGGUCGUCGUUCCCAAAUAUUCCUCGCUCUGUCAACCGCCGCGGAAUUUCGAGACCAUCUAUCCACCUUUAGCGACUUCUAUUCCUCUCUUGGACCCCCGAAUCCCGAUAGCGUGCCCGAGGACGGCAAGCUGAAGAGCGAGAUGAUGAUCAAGGACAACCGUCGGUAUUAUUUGGAUCUGAAGGAGAAUUCUCGAGGUCGAUUCCUGCGGGUGUCCCAGAUGAUAACGAGAGGCGGGCCCCGCAGUCAGGUGGCCAUUCCCGCUCAGGGUAUGAUCGAAUUUAGGGACGCUUUGACUGAUUUGCUGGACGAAUUCAACACCGACGAGCACGCUUACAAACCCGAUUUGCCGGAGGGCAGGCACAUGCACGUCGAUAACAAAAAUUUCUAUUUCGACAUAGGGCAAAACAAUCGCGGCGUGUACAUGCGCAUCUCCGAAGUUAAGUCUAAUUUCCGAGCAGCUAUUACUGUACCUGAAAAGAGUUGGCAACGUUUCAGAGAUAUAUUAAGUGAUUAUUGUGACAAAAUUAAGCAGCCAUCUCAAGGUUCUGGUGGAGGCAUCUCUUCCCAAGAUCAGCCACAUCCUUUGGUUGGCAAUAAUACCCAACAAGAUACCGGGACAAGUUUAAAGUAGGCUAGUUGGCCAUUUUAGACUAUUAGAUUUAUUAAUAUAACAAAUUAAAAAAUUGGAUAGGUACAGAAGUCGAUUUUUUAACCGUUACACCGAAAUUUCCCCUUUUUCAAUUGAUUACAAACGUGUGAUUUUUUUUUAAAUGUCAGGCUGAGAAAUCGACGACUGUUUAAAAUAUUGAUCAGUUUCAUGGAGUUGGUUUUUUUGUGCAGUGUUAUGAACACUAUAAAUGUUAGAUUCUCUAUUAUAUGUUACAAAAUAAUACUAAAUUAUUUAUUUAGUUGUUUUUAAGUUGUUAUGAUAGUGAUGUUCUGUUCUUUUGAAUAAACAGUAGGCAAGCAUCUAAAGCAUAUCAAAUGCCUGUUGUUUUUUUUUUAUUUAUUCUAUUGUAGCACGAACAUUUAUAUUCUCUAUUAAUUUAUUUAUUUAGUUACGUUAUGUUAAAUUAUUUUUAUAAAUUGACAGUUAAUCUCUUAAUUAUGGACCUUCUGAAAUUGUAUUUUUAUAUUUUUUAUUGGUGUAAAUAUAAUUUUUAAUUAAGUGAAUACAUUUUGAAAAAAUGUAGUUUGAAAAUCACUCACAAACAGAAUAAAAAGCAAUUAAUCAAGAUGCCAACUGCCAUAUUUAUAGUUUAUGCAUUUGCCUAUUCUAAAAAUCACAAUAUGGAAACUACAGUUUAUUCAAAAGAUGUAAUUUAUUUUCAAAGGUUUGAGGGGCACCACUUUUUUUUUCUUGUGAUUAUUUAUAUAUUGCGGCUGCGUAUUACAUUGUUAACUCUUCUGUGAUUAUUUUAUCUUAAAAACAAAACUGUUGAAAUAUAUUUUAUUGUAUUGACAAUUAAUUUUUUGAUGUUUCAAAAGGCGCUUUUAGCAAUUUAAGGACUUUUUCUGGUUGUAUUUCAGUCACACGUUUUUACGAUAGUAAAAUUUGCAUGAAAAAGUUCCAAUUGUAAAUUUGUCUUUUUGAUGCCAAAAUUAUUCAAAAACAACAUUGUACAGGGCGUUUAGAGUUAAGAGACUUUAUUGAACUCAAAGUUUUAAGUUUCUUAAAUCUGAAAUAACCUUGUUCAAAGUACCUAGAAAUUUUUAUCUCGAGAGUACCCAUUUUUUUCCUAAUAAAAAAAUGUAAUAGAAUUUCAGUCAAUGCAAGUUGGCAUCAGAAAAUAAAUCUUACUUCAACGUAAUCUUAUAAAACAGGUUCGAUAAUUUUAUCAUCAAUUCACUGCCAAAACAAGUGCUUAGUAAGUUCUACUAGACAAUAUAUUUUUUAUUAUUAAAUCGAAACCACCACUCGAUUGAACUUGCAACAAACAUCGAUACUAUAAAUUUAAGAUUGUGGUGAAAUUUAUAUUGCGGCAGAAUUUAUGGAAUUUUCGGAUGGUUUUCGAAUCUCGAACGGUAUUUAGUUGCAAUCGAACAUUCAUAAUAAGGUAUAAUAUGCUCUGAAGGUGGUGCCCGCAUAAAAUGAGUGUCGGACUUGGAGAUAGUGAUCCUAUUUUCACGGGUAUAGCUCAGAAUUAAUAUGUACAUUCUAUGAAAAACAUUGUGAUUAGAAAAUUCUUAAUGUUGUUUUUGUUUGAAAAACGAACACUACUUUUCUAUUUUGUUAUCGAAAUUUGGAAUUACGCAAAGUUAUCAAUCGUUUUAUCGUCGACGGAUUAUUUUUAUCUGCCUUUAAAUUUGUUUAUUUUUUAUUUUUGUAGAACUAGUCAAUUUAAGUUUUCGUGUGUAGGUAAAGUUGCAAUGGGUAAACCGAUUGAAAUGUUUAUAAACUCUACAUUUAUUCCCCUCUAAGAGAAGGGAAUAACUUGAACUUUACCUACAUGUAGUUUUUAAUUGGUGUACUUUACAAAUUCGAUGCCACUCCUGCGCUAGAAUUGCUCUUGUGUAGGAAAUAAAACGCAGUAUUUCGAAAAUUGCUAGAUUUUUGUUAGAUAUACGCAAACCUGAACCUCGUUUGGUAAGUCUUGCGGGAACACUUUGUUUUCUACGGUCCUUCCAAAAUAUUCGCAAAGGAAAUGGUGCAGGAAUUAUUUAUCAUUCAAUUUGUAAUUGCAUCAUUUCCUUUCGAUGUCUCAGUACAACUAGUAAGCCUGAUGGAUUCGAAAGGAGUGUUCCUGUUAUUUAGAAUUUUGUGGAGUGGUAUUGGAAUUUUCGUUUUUGAAUUUUUUCUAAGAGAUAAAUUUCGACAAAAAAAUAUAGCUUUUUAGUGAUAUAAAUUAUAUGAAUAUUAUGAAAAUUAAUUAAUGUUGCAGAAAGUUUAUGUAUGUACUGGAACUUUCAAAGAGUUAAAUGCAGGCCAUUUACCUAAAGGCGACAUUUUCGAUUUUUAUCCGAUGAUUUUUACUUAUUCACUUUCGUCCAAUUAAUUGAGUCAAUUACAAUUUAUUUUCGAAAAUCUAAAAAUACAAAAACGUUCACUGUUUUUCCCGCACUCUUCUCCUCAAUUUACCGAAGGUAAAAAUCGAAGAUCGAAUUCCAGAUAAAUCUAAUGGAACUUUUAAAAGUACGAAAUAAUCUGCCAUCCAUGAUCGUUUUCACUUGGUUUACGUUUGUUCUUGAAAAGAAUUGUACUUUUCAAAGUUUAUUAUUUUAAAAAAGUGGAUUUAUUCAUAGAAACUUGUAGAAUUCUAUUUAUGUUUAAUCUCUGCAAACAUAAAUAGAAACUGGCUGUAAUCGUGUAUGAGUUUUAUCAUUCGUACCAACUGUGAUAAGUUAAUAGUAAUUAUACAGGGUGUUAUGAUUCGAUACGGUAGAGGCUAUUUUUUUAAGGAAUGUACAGAGUGUUUCAAAAAUUUCUUUUGCUUUCAACACAAUUAAUUUCGUGAAUUUAAAAUAUAAUUCAUUUUUGAAACACCUGUUAAGCGUGUAAGGAAAUUCAUUACGAUUUUAGAUAUAACUCAAAAAAAAUGUAUUGGAAAAAUAUAGCUUUAUUAUGUUAAACAAAAAGGAAACUGUAUAAUAUUCAUAAUUUAUUUAACUAUUUUAAUUCAAUGUCGAACAAUUUAUGUUAGCUACUUUAAGUAGAUAAAAGUGCUAGUGAUAAAACUAAUACACAAAUUAAAUAACAUAGAUUAAGGUAUCGUGUUUGACAUAAGAAAAAUUCAUUGGUAAAACUAGAUGUUAUUUAAGUAGGAAAGUUUUACUUAAAAUUGCGUUUAUAACAAUGUCCAUUUAUUUAUUAAUCUCGUGAAGGAUGUGUGCGGUGUUGCACUUUGAAAAAUCUUACUUUUUCCGAUAUUUUAAAUAAACCAAUGCACGUUCAUCUAUUAAAAUGCAAUCAAAUACAUUCUAAUAAGUAAUAAUUAAUAUAAACAAUUGCACAUUCAAUAAAUUUCAUGAUAAUUCCUUACUCUAACGCAAAUAUCCUUUACUUGCUUGUGUUAUUACUUUUUCGUCAGUAUUAUCUAAUGUUUAAACAUUCAAAUUCAUUCUGGGCAUUGAUAUAACAGUAUGGUUUUUGGUAAAUCUAUUGUUUUAUUAAAAAAAAAAGUUUAGGAUGGUAUAGUUUGGUAACAGAAAAAUUUCACCAAUCACCAUGGAUUUGCUGUCUCUGGACAUGCUAAAACACACUUUAUUAUUUAUAUAUCGAGAUGUUAUUUUAAAACAUUAUCGGUUACAAAAAAAUAAAUUUAUAAAAAAUGUA